GCUCCGUGUGUUUGCACGACACACAGAGAGACGAAAAUAACAAGGGGAGGCGGCGGAAUCAUCAGUUGGCAAGCAAUAGAGCGACUCUCCAAUUUUCAGUCCACUCCUAGAAUCCGUGCACGUAAAAUGCGGCGUGCCGUGUCUACCCCUUGAACUGCAGUGCGAUUAUGCUUAGGCAGAUUUCGGCCGCCGACACUUUCCGACUGACGACUCGGUUUUGGACAGCACGCGGCCGAAAAACCACCGGAUUCACUUAGUUGACAGUGGCACUGUGCAGUGUGUUUUGACAGCCGGCGUUGAUCGUGUGUCGCUUUAGACGAAUUUAAAAAUGUUCAUUGUGCGCAUGAGGUGUGCCAAUCACCAAGAGACAUAGGGGUCAAUCGUGUCCGCGGAUGAUGCACAAAGUCGUGUUGUUCGAGCGAAAAUGCAUGAUCCACCCUCACGUGGACACGCUCAAAUGUGGACUCAGGAAUCUCUUGUUCGAAUCCAAUUCGAACAUGGACAAAGAUGAAAAUGACAACGCGGACAUCGAAGACGGCAAAGAAACGAGCGAAGACACUGUGCAAGGACUGUUUCGAAAGCGAAAACGGCGCAACAGCAAUGUUGUGAGCGAAACUUCAAGUGUUACCUUCCACGCCAAAGAACCUGAACCUGAGAACAAGAAGUCGAAGCGUCUGUCCCUGGCUUCCCUCUUUACCACACCCAUCAAGCCAGUCCUGAAGAUCGGAGCGUCGCUACAGGGGUCAUCUGGCAAGUCAGAUUUGGAUGAGCCGGUCAUCCCGCAGCGAAAGAGCCUUCUGCGCCGCUCGUGCAGCAUCUUGCGCACGUCGAUGGGGCCGCCGCCGCUGCCGUCGGCGCCGAUCAAGGCGACGACGCCUCAGAGGCAGCGGCUGACGCGUAGUUGGAGCCAGUCGGUGGCCUGUCUAAGCAGCUCGCUGACCACCACCGAGGUCAAGCGGCAGGAGGCCAUCUACGAGCUCUACAUGGGCGAGCACGGAAUGGUGCAGGAUCUGGAGCUCAUCAAGACCACAUACCGCAGCUCGUUGCUCCAGCUCAACAUCCUCACCGAGGACGAGAUAGAGUGCAUAUUCGGCGACCUUGAUGCCCUCUUACAGCUGCACUCGAGUCUCAGGGACAAGCUCCAGGCCGUCCGCGAAACCAGCGGCGUUAUUAAGACUGUUGGACAUGUCCUCUUGCAGUGGGUGCCUGGUUUGGAAUGCUAUAUGAGCUACUGCUCUAGACACAUCAGGGCCAAAGCUGUGUUGGACGAGCAAAAGGACAAAAACAAACGCUUCCAAGACUUCCUCCGUAGAUGCCUUGAGUCGCCCUUUAGCAGAAAGCUCGAUCUUUGGAACUUCUUAGAUAUACCUCGCAACCGAGUCGUCAAGUACCCGAUUUUGAUCGGUGAGAUACUGAGGCACACUCCGGCGACGCACCCAGACAGCCAGAUCCUACCACAGGUACUGCCGAUGCUGAACUCGUUGCUGAAAAAGGCGAACAAAACGAUGGGCGAGGCUGAAUGCAAGCACACGUUAUCUCGUCUCGUCUGGAGCCCCGAGCUGAAAAACCCUGAAGUCUCGAUUGAGGCGUUGCAGACGGCCACCGCAGUCUUGUGUGAGGGUGACUUGAGAGACCACCGCAGCUCCAAGAUGCACUGUCUGCUCUUUGACGUCGGCUUCUUGGUCACAAGGGCCAACAAGCAGUCAGAUAAGCUGACUGUCCUCUGGCCGCUCAUUCCAGCCACUGAGCUGGAAACGGACGAGAUGGAACCGCUUAGGAGCAGUAGAAACACAAAUCGAUGCUUCAAAGUGAGCUCUGCCGAUUCUUCCGCAAACGUGAGCCACGUGUUCUCCGCAUUGGACGAACACUCGAAAAAGCGGUGGAUGGAUAACAUCAAGCAGGUGAUGCAGUCGACCCUGCUGAGCCAAAACACGGCCACGCAGCGGCCGCUGGCCGCACCCCUGGCAGAGCCAGCCAAGAGGCGUAGCAUCCAAACGCACCGCCGCAGCAUCAGCGACCAAGCCCUGAUGCCUUCUUCGCCGCUCAAGUAAAACAACGAAAUGGAGCACGGGGUCGUUCAGUUUCGAGGCGUCAGAUUUCGCAAAGAAACAUGGGAUGGGCCUAAUUGCAGUGCGCAUUGUAUGUUAAUAAUUGUCGUUGCUCUCGGUAAAAGACAAUACUGCGAUUCUAAUUGUAUUCAGUGAGGUUGUUUUUCUCUGCAGUGGAGACAAACGUUCAAAAGUGAACUUGAUCAGACAGCAACUUUUUUUAUUAAGCAAAAUUCCCUAUUUGCUAUAGAUUUGACAGUUACUCAUCACUAUGAGAAUAAAUUGCAUAAUAUCUUUGUGAAUUGAACAAUCAAACGCGACAUGAAGAAGGAUUGGUCUGAGAUUCUAUUAGCAGUGAAAUUAAAUUUCAUCUUUGUUUGGUUGUAUGAAUUGAUGACCAUCAGCAAAUUAAAACUAAUCAAAUAGAAUGGGGAAGCUGUAAUUUGUUUAGAUUUUUUUAUUAAAGUCAAGCAACUCCAUCGUCUGGUUUACCUGAUGCAUAAAACAGAAUACGCCAUAUCCCAGUAUAUUAUUUUCAAUAAUUUAUUGUAUUACAUAUCAAUUCAUUGCGGGAUAAUUUUGUGCUUCAAAAUUGAAUACCAUUCAUAGUCCAACUUAGUCACGCAAAGUCAAGAUUUUGAAGCUUUGUCUGCGCGAUUGGCACUGACCUUGGCCAUCACAGGCUAGAAAUUUUAUGUAUGCUCCUGAGAGGAGGACCAUUAUUUGGUUUGCAAAUCAAACUCUUCUUGCCUCUUGGUUGAAUUUUUCAUUUGAGUGAAACAUUUUAAUUUUCUUGUCACGUUGUUUCUAGUGCGUUCAUAGAAGCACCAUCAAACUCCCUCAAGUCUUUCUGUUUAGUAGUUGUGCAUUGUUUGUCUUAUUGAAUUUAAUUUGUACAUAUAAAAUACAUAUUAUUAUUAUUCGUCUCUUGGAAAUCACUGUCUUAAACUUGAUUCUUCAUCUUUCGGCAAUGGUGUAGAUUUACUCUUGUUCAUUUUCUAGUAGGCAUUCUGUGUACUUUUGCGUUUCUAGUUUUGUUAUAAUUUGGCCAGCUGUUGAAAUGUCUUUGGACAUUUUGAUUUGGAAGGUUGUAUUUAAGUAUCUGUGUAUUAUAAUAAUGCUAAAAAUGCUCAGUGCCAAGAUUAUCAAAUAGCAAUUACAUAUUUUUCUCUGCAAUAGAUUAUUAUAUAUAUGAAUCAGUCGUACAACAACAAAUAAAACUCCUUUUUCUUAA